AUGGAUCCUCGCAGAUUUUCUGGACUGCGUAGGGGUAGCUUGAAUGCAAAAGACGGCCAGUCUACCAGAAAUGAUGGAUCUAUGUCCUCUCCAGUUUUAUCAAGUUCACCAAAGGUAACCUUUCUGAUGUACCCGAUGAGGAUUAGGAUUCAUGGUUGUUGUUGGGGUUCUAUGGUUAAGGAUGCUGUUAAAUCUAUUGUCGUAAAUGUUCCUGCUCUAUUUUCUGAGAAUUUGGUCUUUUCAACUUUUAAUGGUUAUGAUCAAUCAUCAUUUCAUGGAUCCAAGUUAGUUAUCACAGAUGUUCGAUUUAGACCAAAUUCAUCUCACCUGGCAACAGCUUCAGUUGACAAAUCUGUACGAUUGUGGGAUGCAGUCAAUUACUGGAAUACCAACCCAUUGUCUUGUACUCGUAGUUCGAAGGGAGGUACUGCCCAAGUGAGGUUUCAGCCAAGACCUGGACAACUGCUGGCAGCAGCCUCAGAUAAAAUUGUUUCCAUCUAUGCUGUUGAAACUGACAGGCAAACACAUUCGUUCCAGGGGCACUCUGACAUGGUAAACUACAUUUGUUGGCAUGCAAAUGGAGAAUAUCUGGCAUCUGUCAGUCAGAACUUGGUGAAGAUUUGGUCGUUAUCUUCGGGAGAGUGUAUUCAGGAGCUCAGCUCUGACGGCAACCAGUUUCAUUCGUGUGUCUUUCACCCAAGUUAUUCAACUCUCUUGAUCAUCGGAGGAAUCUCGAAAAAGGAAACAACACUCUUCCUGUGGACCUCCAACAGCACCAGCACAGGAAGCACUGUUGGCCCUUCACCCAGUUCGCCAGCAUCAACUCGCACGCCUGGUGAUGGAAUUAUGACAGCCAAUAGUACGCAGCAUGUUAACAGAAUGCCAAAAAGCUUGAUGAUGUAUGGUUUAGAAGGAACAGGACUGGCUGCAUCUUUGAAUUUACUGGAUGACAUUGGACAAUUUGCAGAUGUUGGUUCUUUAGAAGAUAAUGUGGAAUCAUUUUUGUCAGAUGAUGGUGUGACAUUAAAGCAGAGUCCUAAACAGCGUCAUAAAGAUUCUUCUGAAGGUUUUUACAAUUGUGAAGUUGGCUCCAGUUUCUUCACUUCUCUUCUGAUGGGAAGUUGCUGGCUAGUUCUGGACAUGACAAAAAGGCAUCAAUUUUGAAGAAGCACUUACAUGGAAAGGAAGCCCCUGAGGAGAGGAUUAAACUUCUCUCUUGGGUCAAGGACCAAUUCAGCUAAAUUUGGUAAAAAAAAAAAAAAAAGUGGCAAAAACUGCCCGGAAAAGGUCACCUUUGGAGAGGUCAAUCUCCUAGGAUAUUGAAUUUCAACGUCUGGGUCUUGUAGUAGAAGAAAUAGGGCAUCAAUACGAACUCGUAACUUCUAACCUCGCGUGAUUCGUUACCAUAUGAGACACUUAUGAAGAAUUUAAGAUUGAAAAGAAGGAAAUGAGAGGGA